AUGGCAUUGACUUUGAAAGAAGGUAUAUUUUUUUCUCUUUCUCAUCAUAAUUUAGCUAUUUCUAACAUACGGGGACAUGGGUACAAUGGAGCUAGUAACAUGAGAGGUGAAUGGAAUGGCUUGCAAGAUUUAAUUUGUAAUGAAUGUCCAUAUGCAUAUUACAUCCAUUAUUUAGCCCAUUGCCUCCAACUUGCUUUAGUUGCUGCUUCUCGAGAAGUAACUCCAGUUCAUCAUUUUUUCUCUAACUUGGUUUUCAUUAUCAAUAUUGCUAGUGCAUCUUGCAAGCGUAAUGAUGAACUCAAGGAGCCUCAAGUUGUUAAACCUGCUACUAAGACUGCUAAUGACGAAAUUGAAUCAGGGAGAGGGCUCAAUCAAAUUGGCACCUUAAAGCGAGCUGGAGAUACUCGCUGGGAGAAGUUCUAUGUUGAUGAUUUUUCAAAGCAGAAGUUGGUGGUACAUCUAAGAAUUGAGCUUCAACAUUUUGAGCUUGACAUUCCAAAUCAUCCUGAAUCGCAAAAUUUAUCUAGUAUUUAUGAAUUAUGUCAAGGCUUAGUGAAAACAAAAAAAGCCACUGUAUAUCCUCUUACUGACAGGUUACUUAGGCUUGUUCUUACUCUUCCUGUAUCAACAACAACUACAGAGCGAGCAUUUUCAAUCAUGAAAAUUAUCAAGACAAAGCUUAGAAACAAGAUGGAAGACAAUUUUUUGAGUGAUUGCUUAACAGUUUGUAUUGAGAAAGAAAUUGCUGCAAAAUUUAGUAGUGACUCCAUUAUUAUAGAUGAUUUUGCAUCUAUGAAGAAUCGUAGAGUGCAACUUACUUUUAAUAACAUAAAUUGA